CGCAGACAUCGCGCACAACACGCGCGUGCGCAGUGCCUUCACGGACCUUACGCGUUGUGAUUUAUCGUGUCAGUGAGGUGUUCUACGAGCUACUAUUAUGGAUUUGAGGGAGAUCGCCACGCUCCUAGUAGGACUGAACUGGCUGCUCGUGUGUGCCAACCCUGAGCCAGGGCCUGUAGACACCACGUCCCUAAAACAUAUCGCAAAUGUCUCAUAUGCAGAAGAUAAAACCAACCUAAGCAGCCUGGCAUCAAUAUUCUCUCCGCGGAUGGACUUCGAUCAGUGGAAGCCGCUGACGGGGCGAGGAGAUCCACUUCGCAACGACCCGACGUAUGACUACGAGCCGCCUAUAUUGGAGCGAGUGCACUACUGGGCUGAUGACACCAGGCUUGAACGCGAGCAUUACCCGGAGAGGAAGUCCGAGGUGCUUAUGCUCGGAGUGUCCUCCCGCAAGCCGAGCGUCGGCCCGCGCCAGCCGCCGCCGCGCCGCCACCACCGCCCCCCACCUCACAAAUACGAAGACUACACGUACAAAAUCAACGACCACUACCCCAUGACUAUACUCGUCCCGCCACCGCCUCCGCCUCCCGGACACAAACCCUCACUUUUCAUUCUAGACGACAAACUAGCACUGCCCACUUCCCAAAUUAAAGUAACUAGUCCGCCAAAAUUCACGAAGGAAACCACCGCAGUACCAGAACAUAUAACGUCUUUGUACGCUCUACAGGAAUCUAAUUUGAUUUAUCAGUCAUCAACAACGAGUCAGAAUUGGGUUUAUAACACGAAUCAAACACAAUCCAUGCCCAGUAGUGACGUGAGCAGCGAUUAUGCAGGCUGGGGACCCACUACUCCUACUAACGAGAUUGAAGCCAACGAUACAUAUAACUUGAUUUUUAAUGAUCAUGAGUCCUCUAAGCAGCCUUAUUCAUUUUAUAGACCAAUGUUGUCGGAGGCUCCUCCGCCGCCUCCAGUAACCCAAAACCCACUAUUCCUGCCUACAUUCGUACCUACAGCUAUUCCUACGUUACCUAGUACUACGACAGAGCAGACAACAGUGGUUGUUACGCAGACUCACCCGACAUACAUUCCAGAACAGACAACAACAGACAUUUACACUGAUAUUUUCGAUUACAAUGAAGAAACAACCACUGAGAAAAAUCGUGUUGUAUUCCAGACAACGCCGACUGGCUUUUCCAGACCACACGACAAUAAAAACAGUAUUCUUGACAUGAUGGGGUCAAUGAUGUCUAUGCCAUUGGUGAACGGUCCAGAGCGACCUGAAGAUAAUCUUUAUGCGCACGCGUCAGAAAAUCUUCAUGUUUACAAGGAACAUGAAACUGAAGAUCCAGUACAACUUGAAACCAUGCAAACCAUGCAGCCGCCACCGAUUGUCAAGCCUGCUUUACACGCAAACACUCAAAGUCAUGGUUUCCCACAUAAGACAUCGUAUACCCAUGAUCCCUAUCUACACAUGCGCUUUACCACUCCCAUGCCAACCAUCGCUUCAUCUGCAGUGUCCGAAAACGAAAAAUCUACGACAGAAGCUCCCACAGUACCUAUGUAUUUGAUCAUACAAGGACAUUCUAAAGUCAAAACCUAUGGUUCAAAACCAAAACCCAUCGACGAAAAUGAUACCAUCCACAAUGAAAUUACAAAACCAAACGAAACUACCGAAGUGAAACACUUACAUCCUAUUAAAGAGAAAUACUCCGCGCAAAGGUCAGAGAAGUCAGAUGUAACUAGGAAAAAUAGAGCCCAAAACCUAAGAUCAUUGAUAGAUGAAGGUCGUGGUUCCAUUGAGAUACAGGAGACCAAUAUCGGCAUCAAAUAUGACGUGAGCGACGGCAGUGAAGUCCCAGCGGAGAUUUACAGAAAAGGCAUCGUAGACAACGACGAAAAUGAUUAUACUAAGACAAAGAAAAAUACAAAAGUAAAGCGGAUAAAGAGACAAAUCGCUCUGGAUGAAGUUUUGCCGUUUGACGAGGACAAGUUGGAGAAUUACGUGUAUAACUUUUUGAAGAGCAGACGGAAUUCUACCGGCAUCGCGGGGAUUUUGGCGGAGGCGGUGACUGGUGAGACGGGGUCGCUGCUUGAUGACAUCGAGGAAGAUGAUGACGACGAAGACGACGAUGACGACGACGACGACGAACAGAGGUGAGCGGGGCCCGCGGUGCACAGGCUCUAGUGUAAUUUACCUGUCAAAAUACCAAAAACCGGUUCAGUAGUAGAUGUUCAAAGUUACCUCAAACGUGUUUGUAUCCGAGAUAAAUACCGAUGGUGGCCAUAUUUGUGGAUUUAUCAAACUAGAUCCAGACAGACUCGAAAAGACGAAAAAAAUCUUAUGCAAUUUAAAAUUGAUUGUACCGCUUUACUUGCGCAGUAUAAGGACCGUGAUUGGGACCUAAUAAUUAGGUAAUCUAUGGCUUUACUAGUAUACUGGUAUAGGAACAGACUUUAGUGGUUCAAUCAUCACAAAACUUAAAAGAACCUGUCGCUGAAUAGAAAACAAUCGCAA